UCUCUCCAGUUUUGAAAAUACGCGGGUACCCGCCAACGUGGUUCGUUUACGCCCUCACAAAAACCCAACCAUAAACACACACACACACACAGUAAUCAUCUCUCUCUCACUCACUCACUCGCCGAUUUCUUCAUUCGUAAGCAUAUAUGCAUUCAGAUUUUUAACAAAAUUGAUUCGAACCUUAGCUUCAAUAGUAGUGAUGGGAGGGGGAGGAGGAGAGCGUUCAAUCGGAGCUUUAGUCCCGACGGUGAAAUCGGAGCCGGAGAAUGCCGGUGAAACUUCAGUACCGGCGGCAGUGACGACGGACGUUCAGGAGCAAAUUCCAAUGCCGGAGAAGGAAGAGGAAGUGGAUAAGGACAUGUUAUGUCCGAUAUGUAUGCAAAUUAUAAAGGAUGCUUUUCUCACGGCGUGUGGACAUAGCUUUUGUUACAUGUGCAUUGUUACUCAUCUUCACAACAAAAGUGAUUGUCCUUGUUGCUCUCAUUACUUGACUACUAAUCGCCUUUACCCUAAUUUCCUACUCAAUAAGUUAUUGAUGAAGAGAUCUGCUCGCCAAAUGGCCAAAAGUGCAACACCUGUGGAACAACUUCGCCAAGCAAUUCAGCAGGGAUGCGAUGUGUCCAUCAAAGAGCUGGAGAGUCUAUUAUCACUACUUAUGGAAAAGAAAAGAAAAAUGGAACAAGAAGAAGCUGAAACAAAUCUUCAGAUUCUGCUUGAGUUUCUCCAGUGUUUAAGGAAGCAAAAAGUUGAAGAGCUUAAUGAGAUCCAAAAUGAUCUCAAGUACAUUAAAGAAGACAUAAAUGCUGUGCAGAAGCAUAGAAUGGAGUUAUAUAGGGCAAGGAGUAGAUAUUCAGCGAAAAUGAGAAUGCUAGUAGAUGAUUCUUCGGCAAUGGCAGUCAGGCCUUCAUUGGGAGAUAAGGAAGGUGGUGAAAUUGUUUCUAGUUCUGUCGGUUCACAAGAACAAGUUCGUGUGGGUACUACACAGACCAGGAACACUGAUGCAGGUGCUCCUGGGAUUUCUCAACUUGUUCAAUGGAAGGAUGACCGCGGUGGAUCAGAUUCACAGGAUCCUAAUCAACCUGUACGGGCAAUAGCAAGGAAAAAACGUGUUCACGCACAGUUCAAUGAGCUUCAAACCUGUUACCUGCAAAAGAGGCGCUAUUGGGCAAGACACUCAGAGAAACAGGAGGAAAGGGUAGCAAAUGUCAUGAAUAGAGAAGGUUAUUCUGCGGGACUUGAAGAUUUUCAAUCUGUUCUGUCUACCUUUACGCGAUACAGUCAUUUGAGGGUUGUUGCUGAACUUAGACAUUCUGACCUUUUCCACUCGGCCAAUAUAAUUUCAAGUAUUGAAUUUGACCGAGAUGAUGAAUUGUUUGCUACUGCUGGGGUGUCACGAAGAAUUAAGGUCUUUGAGUUUGCAUCGGUGGUAAACGAACCAGCAGAUGCGCAAUGUCCUGUUGUUGAAAUGUCUACACGAUCCAAAUUAAGUUGUUUGAGCUGGAACAAGUGCACUAAAAACCAGUUAGCAAGCAGUGACUAUGAGGGCAUAGUGACGGUUUGGGAUGUUACAACUCGUCAGAGUGUGAUGGAGUAUGAGGAGCAUGAAAAACGAGCAUGGAGUGUUGACUUUUGCUAUACUGAACCUUCUCUGCUUGUGUCUGGUAGUGAUGAUUGCAAGGUCAAAGUUUGGUGCACGAAGCAGGAAGCAAGCGUUCUUACGAUUGACAUGAAAGCUAACAUUUGCUCAGUGAAGUAUAAUCCUGGAUCCAGUGUUCAUGUAGCUGUAGGUUCUGCCGAUCAUCACAUUCACUAUUAUGACUUGAGAAAUGUUAGCCAGCCACUGCAUAUUUUCAGUGGGCACCGUAAAGCUGUUUCUUACGUAAAGUUUUUAUCCAACAAUGAGCUAGCUUCUGCAUCAACAGAUAGUACAUUGCGUUUGUGGGAUGUCAGAGAGAAUGUUCCACUGCGUACUUUUAAAGGACAUGCAAAUGAGAAGAACUUUGUGGGGCUUACAGUAAACAGAGAAUACCUUGCAUGUGGCAGCGAGACAAAUGAAGUGUUUGUUUAUCACAAGGCAAUUUCUAAGCCAGCAGCUUGGCACAAAUUUGGUUCUGAUGAUCAGAAUGAUCCAGAUGGGGACAUGGGAUCAUAUUUCAUCAGUGCUGUUUGUUGGAAACGUGACAGCCCAACAAUUCUAACGGCAAAUAGUCAAGGGACAAUAAAAGUGCUUGUCCUUGCUGCUUGAUAUAACAUUUGAAUGAUCGAUUAACAUUUGACUGAUGAAGAGGCUUGCAAAAGAAAGAAAGGAGGUACGAGUUCUCUACAGCAAUUCUCCGGUGUACAUGGAUAACCAGAGUAUUAGGCUAACUUUGGUUUUUGAUUUUGGUGGUUCCUAAUAGCCAAGUCUGUUAGCUUUUGACCCUUGUGGUCCGGCCCUUCCCCGGAAGCUUAGUGCACCGGGCUGUCCUUAUAGUCAAGUCUGUUAGCUUUUGACGGGUGAUUAUACAGUAGUCGCAUAAUUCUUAUAGAUACUAGUAUGUAUCUCUUCUCUGGGGUUCUGAGUUUAAAAGAAUGUCCUAGAAGAUAGGAGAGUGAAAAUUGUAGUGAAAACAUGUCAAUGGUAGAUUUGCUAAAUUCGAAUUGCUUCUUGUUUGUGCAAAAA